AUUGUGAUAUUUCUAAUUAUAAUUCAAUACAUAGUCAGCUAUGUUUUAGUUGGUUCAGAAACACCCCACUGCUAUAAAUAAUCUGUACAGGAAACUCUUUUGAUCAGCUUACUUUAUGUUUCUCAGAAGGAAGACAUACUUUCAUAGAUAACACAAUGGUUUACUCUGCCUCAGGCUGGAUCGAUAAAAAAAAACAAAUCUGAAUGAUUUCAGGAAGCGGGGUGUAUUGUGACAGUUUGAUUAUUUUUUGUGAUUUUUAUUUGUUAAAAAUAAUCUCAAUUUUGUUGCAGUGUAAGUAUUUUCACAUGCUCAAAGCGUUUGUGAUUUAGGGGCCUGGUGUGACAAAGGGCCAAUCAGGAUAUAAAGUUUAAGACAGUGUAUGCCUGUGAUCGACUUCUUUAUUUCAACUGGAUGUAAAUUUUAUUUAACUAAGAUUAAAUUUACUUGUAAAGGGAAAGAUUAUUAAUGUUUUGGGGGAAAGAUUAGUUCACUUCAGUGUUGUUGAAUUUCCAGUUAGUUGUUAGAAGGAAACCUUUAUUUGUUUUUCUGUCUGCCUAUAGUAUGUAAGGUAUGGUGAUGGUACAACUGAAACUAAAAGUUAGUUUGGUAAAAUGCACGAAAUAGACAAGAGGCGUGGAUCUCUAACAAACCUCUGGUGCAGUAGUACAGUCGAGGAAAAAUUCAUUGGCAGGCGACGAGUUCUGCUGUAGAAGAAAAAAUGACUGAGUGUCCGAAACUCCUGUGUUGUUGUUUUUGUCCAAGAAAACAAAAGAACAUCCCAGAAGAGAAUCCAAGGACUCGCUUUCAAGUAGGCAAGCCGCUUCGCAUUGUACUGAUUGGAAAAACUGGAGUUGGGAAAAGUGCAGUCGGAAACACCAUUCUCGGUAGAAAGGCGUUUGAAUCAGAGCCUUCUGCAAACUCUGUUACUCAUCAAUGCAGAAAAGAAAAAGCAAAUUACCAAAGAAACAUUUAUGUGAUUGACACACCUGGGGUCUUGGACACUAAGAAACCGAAAGACGACAUCAAAAGAGAAAUCGUGAGAUGCAUUCAGGUGUCAGCACCAGGUCCUCAUGCGUUCCUGCUGGUGAUCCAAAUUGGCCGUUUCACAACCGAGGAGCAAAAUUCAGUUCGAGCUCUACAAGAGCUUUUUGGUGAAGAAGCUUCAAAAUACAUGAUAGUGGUCUUCACACAUGGAGAUUUGCUCAAAGGUCAGACAAUUCAAGAAUAUGUUUACAAUGGUCAUGAAGAACUCAGGAGAGUUGUCCAGAGCUGUGGAAGUAGAUAUGUUGUUUUUGAUAACACUGACCUGUUAAACCGAUCUCAGGUGAAAACAUUAAUUGAGAAAAUAGAUGAGAUGCUGGCAGCCAAUGGAGGAGGUUGCUUUACUCAAGAAAUGUAUGAAGAAGCAGAAGAACAAAUAAAACAACGACAACAACAACAGCAGAUAGAGAGAGAGUUGGCAGAGCUUCUGGAGUAUGACUUUAGCUUUCUUGAGAUCUUGGAUGAUAAAAUCCCUUUGUUCCAACAAAUAUUGCUUGAAGCCGAAUACAUAUACAUUUUAGAUAGUGGUAAUUAAAUGUUUUAAUAUACAGUGGUAGGAAAUUGUAUUUAAGUUGGAGCAGCAUACAGUCUCUGACAGGUUCCCUUUGAGGAUCUGAGAGGGUUUUUUUUGGUCCAUACAAUUUUUUUUAAUAAAAUUAUGAUUAGAUAACUUUGUGGUUAAAGGUUAUAAGCAAUACUGUUGUAAAAUGUAUACCAUUUUACAUUUGGACUUGUGUAAAUCAUUUAAAAAAUAAUAUACAGUGUCUUUAGGAGUUCUGUGCUACAGUCCUAAAGAUGCUGCAUUUCAGCCACGAGUCAUAAAUCUCUGUCAGUGCUGUUGAUUGUGUUUCUUACCUCUUGCUCAUGUCCUUAAUAAUGUAAAUAUGAAGGUUAUAAUGUAAAAAUUGUAUACUUCAGGUUAUUGUUUGCUCUUGUGUUACUGUAAAUUUCUUGUAACAAUUCCUUAUUUGUAAGUC